AUGAGGAAUUAUGAGUGGGAACUUUGUGCAAGAGAGGUGAAGUUUAGGCUGGCUUAUGUUGCUCCUGAAUCUAGAGUGGUGGGUGCUGGAGACUUGGUAGAUCAUCCAAAAAAAAUUGCUCUUAAUUACCUUAAAGGAUACUUUCUUAUUGAUUUGUUUGUUGUAUUACCGCUUCCUCAAGUAAGUUGCCUUUCUCUUGCAUGUUAA